AUGUCGGCCCCUGGUCCUCCUUUUUGUUGUUGUCACGAUCAGACGGGUGGACACCCGUGCCAGUUCCCCAUCUUCAGUCUUGUCAAUUUCUUUUUGGCAUUGACGUGGACAAAAUUAAUCAUCCGCGAAAUGGCUAGUGGAGUGAGGGACAACUCCACACCCUUUCUUUGAGUUCACUGCAAAGCCAGCCUUGGGCUGUGAUUUCUCUCAGGAUGGAGGACGAAAUAACUCCAGUCCUUUCCAGUGCUAGAGUUUGCGAAGACCCUGAGCCUGAGGCCACGACGCAAGGUCUGAAGGUCUACAAACGUCGAUUCUGGGUGCUAUUUGCCUUCUCCCUGUUGUCAGCCCAGCAGAGCAAUAUUUGGCUUACCUAUGGCGUUAUUCCGAAUGAGACUUGUGACUAUUACGGUGUGGAUUCCUGGCAAGUGGAUUUACUGGCAGCGUGGGGACCGAUCAUCUUCAUUCCAUUUGUCUUCUUUUCAUCGUGGUACCUUCAGCGGUAUGGCCUCCGUUCUCUUGUGCGGCUAGGCGCCUGGCUGGUUCUCAUCGGCACUGGUCUACGCUGCCUCAUUCCACGUGGCUAUGAGACUGACCUGUUCUUCCUGGUUCAUAUCGGACAGAUCCUGAACGCCGCCGUCGGCCCAAUCGUCAUGGCAACGCCGCCCAAGCUGAGCGUCGACUGGUUUCCUGCCAGCCAGCGUACGUCCGCCACGGCCAUUAGCGCCGUGUCCAAUUCGUUUGGCGUGGCGUUUGGCUUCCUGCUCGUGCCCGCGUUAGUGUCCAGCUUCAACGCGAUGGGCUAUGCCGGCGUACAGUACAUGGUGUUCACCGAGUUCUGGAUGACCGCCGCGAUUUGCGCCAUGGUCUUUGCGUACUUCCCCGCCCAUCCACCCACGCCGCCCAGCCUCAGUUCUCAAACAGAGCGACUGCCGUUUAAGGAGUCGCUGCUGGCGGCGUCAUCCAACUCCACGUUUUGGAUCCUGUGCAUCUGCGGCGGUGUUAGUCAAGGCAUUUUCAGCGGCUGGAGUAGUGUUCUCUCCAUUAUCCUGAAUAAACAGAGUGGCUACAACGAUGACGUCAGUGUCAGUGGCAAGGAGAUGUUUGUGAAGAGCACAGCCUGGUUAGGCUGCCUCUCAACUAUCAUUGGAAUCAUUGCUGGACUGACCUUUGGAUUCAUCGCCGACCUGCUGCCUCGGAAUUUGAAGCGUCUGAUCCUGGUGCUUCUGUUUGCCUGUGUUGCCUGCUUCACAUGGUUUGUGCUGUCCGUGUACAAGGUAGCACAUGUUAACUGGCUAGGAAGUGCCUUCAUAAGCUGUGUCCUGGGCAGCUCGUUUCUCGGAGCCACCAACCCGCUGUUUUACGAGGCAGCCGUAGAGGUCGCCUACCCAGUACCGGAGGGAACUGCGGCUGGUGUUCUGACCCUACUCAACAACAUAGGAUGUCUACUCUUCCAGAUUAUUGGCAUGGCGGGCGUGUUCAACGCCUCACAUCCCGAGAGAGCCAGGGCAAUGAACUUCGUCCUGGUGGGGUCUAUAGCGGCGUGCGGCUUGGUGGUGAUAUUCUAUCGUGAGACGUACCGCCGAAGCCAGGUUGAUGCUGCCGGAUCGGCGACUUCCUCUUCUGGCGACGACAAGCCUAAAAGUAUUAACUAUGGGACUACAGAUGUUCCUAGUAAAUCAAUGUAACGCAUUAAACUGUCUUUUGUAAUUCCCUGGCUGGACCAGAGGGACUGAUUUAGCUUUUCUUUUCCUCUGGAAUUCAUUCUACACGCUUUCUUUAGUAUAGCUGCUGGCACAUACAUUCUUCACGCCUUCUUUAGUACUGCUGGCACAUACAUUGUACAUGUACUUCAUGUAAAUAUUUUUUAUUUUUUCUUCUAUUUCAUAAUUUUGAUUGUCUAUGGAGAAUUUUGUCUUUGCCUUCAUGAUAAUUGAGUUAUUAUUUUAACAUGUUAGAACGCUUCAUAUUUAUUCACUGAUUUUCAGAGGUGUGUAGGCUUUCACUUAUACAAUACAUGCCACAUGAUGCUAUGAUGUGCCUAGACACGCACGCCGGACGUGGCGAUUAUUAUCCUUUUUUUCUUUCUAUUUACAGUGAGUUUGUCAGCUUGUGAUUCGCACUGUACGUGUACUUGCGCGAACGAGCUCAAACGUGCUCGGCUCGUGUGACCUGCGUGAGCGAACAAACUUUAUUAUCUAUUAGACUAUUUGUCAAAAUAUUGACCUGCAACCAUGCGUUCAGUUCAAUCUCAUGUGAUAAUUACACUUCUCUUGACUUGCGAUCAUUAUCACUACAGACAGUCAUGGACCUGCAAAUGGAUUUUAUAUCUUCUAAAUAUUUAAUAUCUUGCCACCACGAUAAGUAAGUUGGCUCCUUGCCAUUUACUGUUCGAAUAUUAUAGGGCAACAUCUUUCUACAGAUUUGUCACAAGGAUUGAUCUAUUGCAAUCAAAAUAGUUUUUUGCAUGCUGUCUUGCAAUGCAGUAGUA